AGGCAUUCGUUAUCUCCUUUAACGUUUCUGAAAUCUGGGGUUUUCAACAUCUUUUCUUUCCCUUUUUAAUAUAUUUUGGUGGGAAAAUAUGCUCUUGGGCUGAGUCGCCGCAUAUGUAAGAAAACUUUUCAACAUUGACAUAAUGAAGGUUCCUGGGAUUUGGGUUUUCUUCUUUGUGCUCGGGACAGCUUUGCUUCUCUUUAGCGUCUCCAACAGCUCCUCCAUUCCUAAUAUGGAGUUUUCCAAGAAUAGUGAUGUUUUGAGUAUCACAAGAACAAGUAGGAAGCUGAAGGAGAAUGGCUACAACCUGAGCAACGAAAAGAGGAGCGAAGUCGAUCUAGAAGAUUACCGCCAUCACAUUGAUCCAGUUCCGAGCUCAAAGGCAUCUAUAAAACAUGGUCCUAUUGAACAUGGUACUCCUCUUAUGCCAUACAUACCAAAACCCCCACCUCCAGGCCAUCCCUAAACUGAUGGUUCCACUUAACCAUCAUCUCAGAGUCAGUUUUGUUAUCUGAUGAAUCUGUAUCAGCAUUAAGUUCAGACUAUUACUUCAAGUUGUCUAUGCAUGUAGCAGCUUAAAUUAGUGUGUUAAUGUGUUCUGUCAAAGAAAUAACAACCUUAUUUGUGUGCUUUC